UCAGUCCAGUCCACUGCACCACUGCCGCCGCUGCUGCGUCCCGGACUAUGGAGGAAACCUUACAUCUCAAGUUGGACUGAAACAAACAAACAAACAAACAAACAAACAAACAAACAAACCGAAGUAAACUCCCGAGCCGACACAAGCGGAGGAGCCACAGAGCCGCGGCCGGAGCGCGGAGCAGCGGAGGAGGAGGAGGAGGAGGAGGAGAGCCAUGCGGGGCGGCGGAGCGGCGCUGCUCCUGCUGCUGCAGCUGCUGCGGGGCUGCGGCCGAGCGCACAGCCGGACAGUGUGUCAGGGUAUGCGUAACCAGCUGUCGGUGCUUGGGCCGCCUGACGUGCACUAUGGGCACAUAGUGAGGAUGUACACCAACUGCACCAUCGUCCUGGGGAACCUGGAGAUCACCAGCGUCCAGGAGUACCACGACCUCAGCUUCCUCAAGUCCAUCCAGGAAGUGGGCGGGUACGUUCUGAUUGCCAUGAACAAGGUUGCAACGAUCCCGUUGGUCAAUCUGAGACUGAUCCGAGGCCACACCCUCUAUGAAGGUCGAUACGCUGUCGUGGUGAUGUCGAACUAUGAAAAGAACCACUCGUCUGCAACGCUCAACUACACCAGUGGACUGACACAGCUGCAGCUCAGCAACCUGACGGAGAUCCUGAACGGAGGGGUGAAGGUGGUCCACAAUCCUCUGCUGUGUAACAUUGAGACCAUCCAGUGGUGGGACAUCCUGGACAAAACUAAAAAUGCCAGUAUUCAACUCAAAACAGACAACUACACACGUAACUGUGAGAAGUGUGAUCCAGGGUGUGUUGAUGGUUCGUGUUGGGCGGCAGGACCAGAUCAUUGUCAGACAUUGACCAAGCUGCAGUGUGCUGAGCAGUGCAGCAGAAGGUGCCACGGGCCCAAACCCAGUGACUGCUGUAACGAGCACUGUGCUGCCGGCUGCACGGGACACAGAGCCACAGACUGCCUGGCCUGCAGGGACUUUAACGACGAGGGAACCUGUAAGGACGCUUGUCCGCCUCAGAUGAUCUACAAUCCCAACACACACCAGCUGGACCCCAACCCCAACGCCAAGUUCACCUUCGGGGCGACCUGCGUGAAGGCCUGCCCACAUAACUACGUGGUGACGGAGGGAGCGUGUGUCCGCACCUGCAGCCCCGGGACGUACGAGGUGGAGGAGGACGGAGUCCACCGCUGCAAAAUAUGCGACGGCCCCUGUCCCCUAGUUUGUAACGGGAUCGGGAUCGGCCCUCUGAGCAACGCCAUCGCCAUCAACGCCUCCAACAUCGAGUCCUUCAAGAACUGCACCAAGAUCAACGGGGGCGUGUCCCUCCUCACCACCUCCUUCAUGGGGGACAGUUUCUACGGCAUCCCGCCGCUGGACCCGGCCAAGCUGGAGUACUUCAGGACGGUGAAGGAAAUCACCGGCUUCCUGCUGAUCCAGUCCUGGCCCGAUCAUCUGGACUCUCUGUCGGUGUUUGAGAACCUGCAGAUCAUCAGAGGAAGAAUAACACACUCAGACUACAGCCUGAUUGCGCUGAAGCUGCCGCGGCUGCGCUGGCUGGGCCUGCGCUCGCUGCAGGAGGUGAGCGCGGGCCGGGUCAUGGUGCGGGACAACCCCGAGCUGUGCUUCGCCCGCCCCGACGCCUGGAGCCGCCUGUUCAAGUCCGACGGACAGAACGCCGUCGUGCGCAACAACGCCGCGCCCGACGCCUGCGAGCGGCAGAAUCGAACCUGCGACGCAGAGUGUACGCCCGACGGCUGCUGGGGGCCCGGGGCCUCCAUGUGCUUCUCCUGCCUGCACUUCAGCCGCAGGGGGCGCUGUGUGUCCCUCUGCAACCUGCUGCAGGGUGAGCCCAGGGAGGCGCUGGACGGCAGCCGCUGUGUGGAGUGUCACCCAGAAUGCCUUGUGAUGAACGGGACUCGAACCUGUGACGGCCCGGGUCCCGACCGCUGCGCCCGCUGCGCCCACGUCAGCGACGGGCCGCACUGCGUGGCCCGCUGCCCCCACGGCGUCCCGGGAGACAAGGACACGCUCGUCUGGAAAUACCCCGACGGGAAGGGGCGGUGCCAGCCCUGCCACCGCAACUGCACUCAGGGGUGCUCGGGGCCCGGCCUGGCUGGAUGCACACGGCCCACCGUCCACUCCAAGUGGGCGGUCGGUGUGGUGGGCGGGCUCUUGCUCGCUGUCAUCCUAUCGCUGACUGUCUUCGUGUUGAUGCGGCGACGGCGGAUCACCAGGAAGAGGACGCUGCGCCGCCUGCUGCAGGAGAGGGAGCUGGUGGAGCCGCUGACCCCGAGCGGCGAGGCUCCCAACCAGGCGCUGCUGAGGAUCCUGAAGGAGACCGAGUUCAAGAAGAUCCGGGUUCUGGGCUCCGGCGCCUUCGGGACCGUCUUCAAGGGCCUGUGGAUCCCAGAGGGAGAGGACGUGAAGAUCCCGGUGGCCAUCAAGGUUCUCCGAGAAGCAACGUCUCCAAAAGCCAACAAAGAAAUACUGGACGAGGCCUACGUCAUGGCGAGCGUGGACCACCCUCACGUGUGCCGCCUGCUGGGGAUCUGCCUGACGUCGUCGGUGCAGCUCGUCACUCAGCUGAUGCCGUGCGGCUGCCUGCUGGACUACGUGCGGCACCACAGGGAUCACAUCGGCUCCCAGUGGCUGCUCAACUGGUGUGUCCAGAUCGCCAAGGGGAUGAACUACCUGGAAGAGCGCCACCUGGUGCAUCGAGACCUGGCGGCGAGGAACGUCCUGGUCAAAACGCCUCAUCACGUCCGCAUCACCGACUUCGGCCUGGCUCGCCUCCUGACGGCCGACGAGAAGGAGUACCACGCCGACGGAGGGAAGGUUCCCAUCAAGUGGAUGGCUCUGGAGUCCAUCCUGCAGUGGACCUACACACACCAGAGUGACGUGUGGAGCUACGGUGUCACGGUGUGGGAGCUGAUGACGUUCGGCUCCAAGCCGUACGACGGCAUCCCGGCCAGCGACAUCGCCUCGGUGCUGGAGCGAGGAGAGCGCCUGCCGCAGCCGCCCGUCUGCACCAUCGACGUCUACAUGAUCAUGGUCAAAUGUUGGAUGAUCGAUGCGUCCAGUCGUCCGAGGUUCAGGGAGCUCAUCGUCGAGUUUUCUAAGAUGGCCAGAGACCCGUCCAGAUACCUGGUCAUCCAGGGGGACGAGCGCAUGCACCUCCCCAGUCCCGCCGCAGACAGCAGGUUUUACUCUCGCCUGCUGAGCUCAGACGACAUGGAGGACGUGAUCGACGCCGACGAAUACCUGCAGCCUUACAAAGGCCUGGGUAACCAUGACGACCGCACCUGCACCGCCACGAACGGUCACCCGGUGAGAGAGAACAGCCUCGUCCUGCGGUACAUCACCGACCCCACACACAGCGCCCUGGACCGGGACGACUGCCCCCCCGAGUACAUGAACCAGAGCGUGAGCGACACGAGUCGCAGCAGCCGCCUCUCCGAGGUUUUGAACCCAAACUACGAGGACCUGAGCCUGUCCCGGGACGCCGCCGCCGCCUCGCCCUGCUCGCCCCGCUCGCCGCCACGGGACCCCGAGCUCGCCGCCUGGCCGCCCGACGGACCCGAGGGACCCGAGUACCUGAACACCGGCCGCAGCCCGCUCCCCCUCGCCGCCAGCGACAGCCUCGACAACCCGGACUACCAGGCCGACUUCCUGCCGCAGGCCACGCCCCCCGCCGCCACCACGCUACCCUUACCGGGCGGCGGCCACUUCCUGCCUGCGGCGGAGAACCUGGAGUACCUGGGGCUGAACGCCGCGCUGCACGCCCCCGUCCGCUAGGGGGCAGCACCCCUCAGACUCGCUCCUUUUUAUUUUAAUUUUUAAUCUGUGGGAUUUUUUUUUUUUUGUGAUAUUUUGCCUAAUUUGUUUUAGGCCACGUGCAGUAUUUAACUUAACCUGUUAUUGUUUUGUUUUUAAAACUUGAAUUUUACUUUAAUUUAUCCAGGGAACGUCGACUGACACACUCACCAGUGCAAGCUGCCGCUGCAGUGAUGAGGCAGAGACUGCCUUGCUCAUGGGCUCUAACACAGCACGAGGGAGUCAAACCGACGACCUUCCAGUCAGACUGGGUGGCAGAUUAUCCUCAUAAAGUUUUCUUUUUUCUCAGAAGAAGCGAACAUGACGACGCACAACAAACACUCAUCUGUUAAAAUAUUAUCAAAUUAACAAAAUGAUCAAAUGAACUAAUUAACUAUUUAAAAAACUACUAACUUCUAAGAAUGACAUUAAAACUGGAAGUAUUUUGCCCUUUGAAACAUGAGAAUAUUUAUUGGAUUUCUGUGAAUGACAUGACAAGGCAGAAAAAAAAAUACCAGCCAAAAACUUUGAAAAAAAGAAGUUACAGGAGAAUCAGCUCAAAAUUCACAGAAACAUCAAGAACGACUGGAGAACUGUGUUUGUGUUAAAAUGAUGAUGUUCAGGUCAGUGGAGCGAUGGGAGCGGACACAAAGACAGAAAAAGUGUCGUGUAAAUUAAUCUAAAUUAAUCUGGGUUAAUCUGCCACCCUGGUAGUCUGACAUCACUGGAGAUGGAAAUUUCUCAAACAUUCCUCGUUUUCUCCUCGUUUUGUUUUGUUGUUGUUGUUGUUGUUGUUGUUGUUGUUGUUGUUGUUGUUGUUGUCGGUGAGCCAGCAGCUGAUCUGGAGUUCAGCUCUGCAGUUUUUCUGGUUGUGGACUCGAGACGCCGUGGAAACAGGAAGUGGGCGGCCGGGCGGGAGGUGGAGGUCUGGACCAGGAGCUCCAGCAGGAGGACGUGGCUCAGAGCGGAGGACUCCAACCCCCCCCCUGAGCUCAUGUCUCAGCUUUCCGUCCAGUCGGUCUGCGCCCGUCCAGCCCGCGGUCGGACCGUCUGAUUGGUCAUCUGUCUGAAGCGCCACCGCUGCGAUAACGUCGACUCAAACGGAAAACGUUAGCUGAGGUCUGCUAACGCCAAACACGAGUCCAAACUGUCACUUUCAGGCCGUUUGGAGUCCAACGUCACAAAACUAGAGUCAAACUGGAGUCAGACUGGAGUGACACUGGAGUGAGACUGGAGUCAGACUGGAGUCAAACUGGAGUCUGUUGUUGUCAAAAACUUUGACUUUUAAACUUGACAAGUCAGGACAGAGGAUUGGAUUGGAUUAUUUAUUUAUUUUGACUUUUAUUUGAGCAGGACGUCCUGGAGGAGAGCCGGCAGCUGUCCGCUGUUUAAACGCUGCAGGCAUGUGACCCUCAGCAAACUGGAGCAAACCGGCUCGAUUUCUAUCAAAAACAUGAAAAUAUGAAAAAGCUCAUGAGCAGCUUCACGAGGAAUGACCCAAAAAUUUGCAAAAAAAAAAUUAGUAAAACCCAAAAAUGAGCAGCCAAGGUCAUUUUCUUGUAACCUUUUAUUAAUUUCUGCUAAACCGGCGGCUCGUUUCUUGCUAAGUGGCUUUUUCUUCCCAAGUCGGUGAAAGAAAUCUGGACUUUUUUGCUCAGAGUUUAAAGGGUUAAAGCCUGUCUGGGCUUAUUGAGAUGAUUUGGGUGGAGUUGGGAUUAUUUGUGCGUUCCUCUCUGACGUCCCAGGACUGAGGAAAGCAGGUGAACGUUUGUAUAAAUGUACAGUUUGUGUGUGUGUGUGUGUGUGUGUGUGUGUGUGUGUGUGUGUGUGUGUGUGUGUGUGUGUGUAUGUGACUUCAUCCUCAGCGUCAAAAUGUGAAAUGAGCUGUGAGGCCGCCGCUCCCGGCCAAAAAAAACAUUAAAGAAACCCGUUUUAUUGGUUUAAACCCAAAUGGGAGACGAAUCACAUCCAAUUAAACACAGUAAACCUGUCAGUCCAUCAGUGUAUUAUUAUUAUUUUUUUUUAAUUAAUUUUUUUUUUUAUAAAUUUUUGGGGUUGAUUUCUUAUCAUUUUCUUGUAUGUUUUUUUUUUUUUUUUUUUCUUACACAUUUUUAAACAUUUUCCAGGCCUGAAAAAUCUAUAUUAAAAUUACACGGCUUUUCCAAGAUUUUAGGGAUAUUGCAUCAUUUUCCCAAAACAUUCCCAGAUUCUGUGACGUCUCCAGUUUUUCCAUGAGCGUACAGAAACCCCGUCAAACAAACACACUCUUCCAAAAGAGGAACCCGACGCAGGUUUUGUGAACGCAGAAAACUCAUCUCACUUUUCUUUUUUUUUCUUUCUUUUUUUUUGAAGUCUUAUUUUUACCUGUGUCGAAUUUCUUUUUUGGAAGAAGCUACACACCCUAAAGGGCCGGCUUUAGGGUGUGUGUGUGUGUGUGUGUGUGUGUGUGUGUGUGUGUGUUUCAGCACUUUCAGGUAUUUACAGAUGAUGUAUGUAAAGCAGCAGAAGCAGGAAUAGCGCCAUCUGCUGGUAGAGAGCAGCAGGAUGAGCACCAACAGUGGCGAUGACAACUAAUUUGACAGUCAUCUCUGUGGAGGAAAAAAACUGUGUGUGUGUGUGUGUGUGUGUGUGUGUGUGUGUUGAACCAUGUAAUGUGAAAAAUACCAGGAUCACGUUUAAACCGUAACGCAUUUAUACUGAAGAUCCUCAGCGUUUCCCUGCCUGAGUGCGUUGAGAUCUUCAUAUAUAAGUUCUGUUACAAAUACAGUUCACUGACAAAAUGUUUUUUUUUUUUUUUUUUAUCACAAAAAUGUCACAGACACUUUGAGACACUAGAAGCUCCGUCCCAGUGAUUCUGAAUGUUUGGUCCAUUUUCUACAACUUUAUUGGGCUGAUGGAAAACUGGAGUGAAGAAAGUGUGAAGGCUCUGAAAGUUCAUGUUCAUAUCGUAGUGGAAUGAAUGGAGGAAAGGGAGGAGGAGUGAUGUGGCAGCUCUGAAAGCCCACUGCUCGCUCUGGGAGGAGAGCAGAGGAACGUGAAGGAGAGGAACCUCUGGACAUGCAGAGGAACGGGGACGGAGCUUUAACUCUCUGCAUGUUUAGUCACUGCUUCAGUAGCACAAACACACCGCCUGUGACAGACUGUAAUGACUAUAAUAAUAAUAAUAAUAAUAAUAAUAAUAACAUAAACCCGUGAAGUGUGGUCCUGGUGCGAGCAGGGGGGUAGAAACACACUGGAUCGGACAGGCGCUGUGUCACCAACAUGACCAAACCUCACAAACUGUGUACAGAGUCCUGACAGCACUGCUCACAAAAUAAAAGCCUCUUUGCUCCUGUCGCGCUCGUGUGUCUGUGAGUCAGACGUUGAUUUCCCCGUUUUGUUCAUGUGAUAUUGAGGUGGCGGCGAGGUCAUGCAAAUCCAGCCACAUUGACAACACAACCCACUUCCAUUAC